AACCGCCGACCAUUACCUGCUAACGGCUUGACUGACAGCGAGUAGACAGUAGAAAGUAUAAGUCUCCGUCUGCCAGCGCAUCUCCAUCUCCGCCUCCAGACUAGCUAUUACGUGCAUUGCAGCUGCAGUCAAGCAAGUCAACAUCCAUCCUUACAUACAUACCUACUCACAGGUAGGUAUGGAUGCUCAACGGCCCAGGAUAAGGACGCUCAUCCCUGUCGAUAACUUCAACAUCUUCAACUCGGCCUUAUCCACCAGCCCAGGUCUUGGUCUGCAGCGUCUUUUCGCCUUCUCCAGUGUCAAUCAUCGCCCCCAUGCGCCCUCGGUUAAUCGUCUGCCAGCCUCAAUUAGUUAACCGGUUCUCUCCUCCUUAGCCCGAUAGUUACUCACCCUCAUGUACUCCGUACUCACGCCAUAAUCAUGGUCAUGAUCACAUCUCUCCCCUCGUAAUGCAUCUCCUCUUGCAUAACUAGGUACAAGACGUGCAUAUCACAACCCUCAUGCAAGGACAAGCAGCGUCAAGGUCUGCCCUCUCGACAACGCAGCGCAGCGCAGCGCCAAAUAAUCCCUGGCCUGGCAGAGAGAACCGUCCCAUAGCCUCUCGAUCGACGCAGCUGCAUGCCCGCUGAUUCGUCCGCCUCAGACCAGGAUGUGGAUGCUGAAGGGUUUCCGGUUCUCGAUCUUUGAUCCUGUCUGGGCCCAUCCCCCCCCUUAGCAACUUCACUGGCGAGGAAACCUGCCAACACAUCAACCGGUCGAAAAAACCCAAGUGGGAGGAUAGUUAGGGGGGAAAAAGCAAGAAUCGCGGAAAGUAUGUGAGGAUGGACUUGAGGACGAGCACCUCGAGGCUCCCUCUGUUCAUGGGCAGCAGUAAUGGCGGUUGAUAAUGGUGAAUGCCGUUGGAGAGGGAGAGCAUUGAGGUAUCAACAUCAACAUCAACGUCAACGUCAGGCCAGCCAACUUGUUCCAAGGAUAUCUCGCGGUUAUUCCAUACAUGCGAAUUAUCACCGUUAACCAUUCAUCUGCUCCCACCGUCCUCCAUCAUCAUCAGCAUCAGCAUCAUAGCCCCACCCGUUUCUCUCUUUUGCCAUCUCUUUUUGCAAGGGAAGGGAAGGCAAGGCAAGGCGUCUUUCUUAUCUCUCUCCUUUUUUUUUGUUCUCCCCAUACUUACACUUAUAUACAUAGGUAGCUAAUACUCCCGGCUGGCUCCUCUGACCUGGCGCCGUCUAGAAUGGUUUCUCUCCUCUUUCUUGCUUUUUGCCGUUAGUUAGAUAAGAGAAACCGCCGUCCUUUUUGUAUCCGUAGACACACAAGACACAGCGAGUCCUCCCUUUCAUCCUCCCUAACCCUGAACUAUUUACUUACAUAGCACAACCUUGCCCUCCCCCCUUAACGUUAUUAACAACCUCCGCUUCCCCUUUUCCUGCGUCUCUCUUAGUUCGUUUGCCAAUUCCUCCGUCUCGUGCUCGUGGCUAUUUCUACCUGACUUUUCCUCCGCAAAGAAACAGCCUCGUCUUUGUUUUUCAAAUGCCCGUGUACUACUAGCCGACACCUGUUCUGUUGGGCAUCAAUCACAAUCACCAUCACUACCACCACACAAGAAGCUCUUGUUUUUCGUCCGUCCGUGGCCUCGGUCGAGAAAAGGAAAGAAAAAAAAGCAUACUAUUGCUCCUGGCCGGGUUCGGGUUUUGUGGUUGAACGGCCGUAUUGUGCGUGAGACUGGGAGAGUCGGGCUUCUAACCGUCCAUCUGGGCUGGGCUGGGCUGAAGAAAACAUCUUAAUUAACUUGCUGAAGCUGUAUUCCUGCCUGAGGACACUUGACGUGCCCUACGAUACCCAAUCCCAAGCUUAAUUCUCUUUCUUGCUGUGUGUGUGCGUGUUUUUACGUUUCAAGGGGGUACAUCGGCUAUUGGGUCUCGAGAUGUACUACAUCCUCUAUCUAGCGAGUCUUUGCCGCCGUCGUCGUUGGCCUGAGCCCCUUUACGAACAAGUAAACAACGGCUCCGGCUCAGGAUACACUUGUGUCGUCCGGGUCAAUAACCGUGAAUACCAAACCGAUGAAGUCUGCCAGACCGAACUCCUGGCCCGCGAAAAGGCCGCCAUGCGAGCUUAUCUGAUCUGCAGGAACUUCUCUGUCAACGACGGCAUGUACCCUGCCGGCCAUGACCACGGCGGUGUCGUCCAGGGCAUACCCGUGGCCAUUGGCAAGGACCGAAGACCACGAUACUCAGAUGACACCGACACAUCCACGACCAGCAGCGGCGGCAGCCGGAGCGGAGGCAGCAGCCCCGAAAGCUACGAGAGAAAAUGGAUGUAG